AUGCCACGGUCAGUCUAUUCUCACAAGAAUAUGGUUUCUGCUCGUGCUCUUGAGCGAGCUAUUUUGAACUCCAACAUGGAAUACUCGAGUAUUAGAGUUGGCAGAAUGACCAUUCCACAACAACGUGCCAAUGUAUCAUCAUCGGAAGCUGUUGCUCCUUCUUCUUCACAUCAUCAUCACCACCCUCUCGCGACCAAUAAUAUAUUACACAAUACUCAGCCUCCACCACCUCCAACCUUGAACGACGGAGAAGGGGGAGAAGGAAACAACUCGGAUGGAUUUCUUCACACCAUGGUGAAUGAUUUAGAAAGCAAUGAGAGCUUUGUAGAGUUUUUUGAAGUGUUUCAAAAACAAGCACUGGUCAUGAUUAUGAAUCAAAUUCCCAACUCACGUACUCCAAUAUCCACUCAUUCCAGUAAGACUUUGGGAGAAUUAAUAUUUGAUAUGCUACAAUUAUAUGUCAAAUUUAAGGCUAGCAAAGUAAUGAUGAAUGAAAUUUUCAGAAUCUUGAAUGCACUUCUUCCAGAUACUUGUAAGUUGCCUUCCAAUGUCAAUACCUUACUCAAAAAGAUUAUUAAUGUAUCCAAGCAAUAUCAAAAAGUAUAUCAUUGCUGUGAUCAAGUAUGUGAAGCUUCUAAUCAUUGCUGUUCCAAAUGUGGAAUGGAUUGUUCUAAUAGUUUUUUCUGGAGUAAAUCUAUUGAAACUUGCACUUCAGAAAUGGUGGACUUGAUUGGAUUGAGAAAUUUUAAAGCUCAUUGCACUGUUCAACCAAGUAUCGAUGAAAUUAAUGACUGUAUAGACUCGAUUGAAUAUGAACGAGUUGUGAGAGGCUGGAAAGAACCGGAUGCCGUGUGUAUUACCCUCAUUGGUGGAGGUGAUUCAGGUUCUGUUAGCAAAAGCAGCAGAAAGAGUGUGCUUCCUCUUGUAGCGUGGAUUACUGAACUGCCAUUGCAAUAUAGAUAUUCAUUUCCACUCACCAUGCUGCUUGCAUAUAGCAACAAACCCAUUCCAUUCAAUACUCUGCUUGAUCGAUUUAUUUCCGAAUUAUUGAUAUUGAAUCAGGGAAAGGAAUGUAAAACAGAACAAGGUGUGAUAUAUCGUCUCAAGGCAAGAUUGUUCACCUUUCUAGUAGAUCUUGAUGCAUGUUACGAUUUAUUGUGCAUGGCCAAUCAUGCUGGAACUUCAAGUUGUCGAUGGUGUAAAAAGAAUGGUAGAAAGAUUCAAGACCGAACCAUUUACAGCUCGGGUGGAAAUGAACAGGAACGGGUUUGGUCUGAAAUUGUUGCAAAUUACAAAUUAAUGCUAAAGGGAGAGAUUCAACAAUUUGAUGGUGUUAAAGGCUUGUCCAUACUGGUGAGACUACCAUACUUUACAUGGACCACACAGAUUGCUUGUGAUUUGUUACAUAAUUUACUUGAAGGCCUUUGUGCAAAAUUGUUGAACUUUAUCAAAAACAAGUACAAUAUUGAUACUAUUAACAACAAGCUAUAUGAAAUCAAAACACCUUCGUUCUAUCAUCGAAGAGUCCGUGGAUUGGAUGAAUUGAGUUAUUUCAAAGCAAUUGAAUAUUAUAUAAUAUUUUCAUAUUGUAUUGAGGUUUUUCAGGAUGAAAUAUCAGACAAACAUUAUCACAUUCUCAAUAGACUUUCUACUUUUAUACGCACCAUCAUGCAUCCAGUAGUGAGAAGCCUUGAAGUUCUAUACAGUAUGAAAAAGGAAAUUUUUGAAAUAUUACAAGCCAUCGAGACAGAUUUUAACAUUAUUAUUUUAACACUGGCUUCACAUACAGUCGUUCAUUUUCCUCUUUCUAUUUUCUAUCUUGGACCACUAUGGUGUACGAGUACUUUUAUGCUCGAAGAUCUAGUUGGAUCCAUCACUAGCUCUGUUCAAGGAGGAAAGAAUAACAUGGACCACAAAGCACUGGAGAACUUUUCAUUACAUCAAGUCAUUUCCAUGAAACGAGUAAGAACUUUUCAUUUUCAAUUUGAAAAGGGUGAUUAUUUUCAUGCUCAAGAAUUUGGUCAUGGUCUCGUGACCAGUAAAAAGGAUGGCUUGUAUCACGUUAAAAGUUUAGACUCGAAUCAAGUCAAAAUAUUGGACGAAAUGCCAAAAAACGCCAUACCAUGUUUCCAAGUUUGUGGUAAAUUUAAACAAGUUCAUAGGAAUGACUUGUUCUUGAUUUAA